AUGGAUCAACCUUUCACCACUCUAUUCUCAACACAAUCAACCGAUCCACCAAAUCCAUCAUCACCUGUUGCUGAAACCAUGGAUGUUGAUGAGGAAACUGAUAACGAAGGAUUUGGAGGAACAUUCGAAGCUCUUUCCUUUGAUAAACCUGAAGAAGAUUUCCCUGACCAUAUGCUGAUGACGAUGAAGCAGUUCAAGAUAUUGAAUUCAAAAUUAAAUUCUAUCUUGCAAUCUCAAGCGGAUGUGGGAAGUGUUGGAAUCACUAUCAUGGAAGUUGAUUCCAUAAUAAAGGAAUUGGAAAGCAGGAUCAUUUCGAAGGCAUCAGUGUUAAUACGUGAUUCUGAAAGCCACAUUCUUGAGAAAACUGAUCAGAAUGAUAGUUCUACAGAGAAUAGAAUCAAUUCUCUGAGAUCUGAUUUUCUGAAGGAAGUGAAGGAUUUGAAGACUGUUACGAAGGAGCAUCAUGUGCUCUUUGUACAGGAAGUUAAGAAGGUUCGAGAAGAUGUUAAUAUGCAAAUUUGUGAACUUCGUGAAACAAUGACGAAGGAGGUUCAACAUAUUCUACAAGGGUAUGAAUCAGCACAUCAGAAGAUCGACAUUAUUUGUGAUGCGGUUGUUCAGUGUGUUAAGAUGUUCGAACAACAUUUUGGGGAGUUGGUGAAACUGCUGAAAUAA